AACAGAGUCCCCUGAAAUGGACUGAGCACCAAAGGAAGGACCUACAUUGGGCUGGUUUAGCAGAAGAGCCAGAAACAUGUUUAAUGAAGUAUUUGGUGAUGUAUUGAGAUCAAUAGACUGUGAUGAAUUAAGGCGAAGAGAAGUCGGGAGAAAAAAAAAUGAAAUAGAGGAUGCAUUAACUUUCUCUUUGUUUUCCUUAAUCAAGUUCAUAUACUGAUUUAAAUAGUUAUUUCAUUUAAUUUGAGAUGUCUAUCACAUACAUUUUCUUAAAAAGUUCAUGUUGGAUAUUAUAAGAAUAGGAAAAAGGAUAGUAGUAAGAAUUAAUAUUUAAUUUUUUUCAUUUUCGAUUUUUUCAUGACUGCGCGAAGCGGGCAAGUACACUAGUACAGUACCAUACAACAGGAAGAACCAUCCAAACAAGCUCCAAACCGAUAUUCGCAAGCUGAGUGUUUGCUUCUAGGGCUUAUAAUAUAAAAAGAGAUCAGGAAGCUUCUUUCUCAAAAUUCCAAUUUUCCUCCAUUUUGCACUAUCAACAAUGGCGCCUCUUCCAGCACCUUACGCCGGAACUAGCACUCUUGCUCUGGUGGCGCGUGCAUCGGCGUUCACGUUUGGACUUGCUUACGGUAAUAUUAAGCUCAAGUAUCUCAGGGCAAAGGCCAAGUCUCAAAAGAAGGUUGAAGCUAAGGCACAUCAUUGAAAGAGAGAGCAUAUGUUGGAUUUGAUGUCUGCUGAUGAGAUAAGAAACGACGAUUAAACUGUUUCACUUUUCACCUGAUGCUUGGGGUCAUCAGUUUGACUUGUCGCUUUUCAAUUUUGUGUUGAGAGCUUUUAGGUAGUUUUAUGAUUUUUGGUGGUUCAGUGAUAAUUCAGCGAUACCAGUUUAAAGACUGCGUCAUAGAUCUGACAACUCAAUAAUCUGCUUUGUUAAACAAACAUCCUGAAGCUAAAACGGCAUUAAGUGAUGGGCGUCCAUCAAUUAUGAAGAUAUGUAGAUUUGCCGUAAAUGCCGAGCUUUGAA